ACCAAUUGGCUAUCAAGAACAACGCAGGUUGUAAAGACAUGCUCAAUCGGGUGAUGACUCGUGAUAACAUUGGGCUGUUCGCCGUGCUGAAAACCACAGCCGCAGCAUGGCAAGCCGGUCUUCCAGAAAACUCAUCAGAUGUGGAGCAGCUAAUAUUAGUGGCAAAUACACAUUUGCACUGGAAUCCGGAGUUUUGCGACGUCAAAGUUUUGCAGGCAAUGAUGCUCGCCAGAGAAAUAGAAAGAAUGUUGGAAACAGUGAGUUCCGUAUCCGAACAGGCAGAUAAUAAGACAUUCGCUUCUUCUGACAUCAAACUAUUGCUCUGUGGAGAUUUCAACUCCAAAACAGAUUCUGGUGUGUAUGAGUUUUUAACACAAGGUCAGCUCACUAUAGAUCAUCCGGAGUUUCGAAAUUUGGAUUACAAAAAAGCCGUAAAUACAAUUUUUGGAAAUCCGGAAUCUGCCGAAGUAGCCCAACAUUCGCUGCAUCUUUCAUCGGCCUGUCCUGAAGAAUAUAUGCCGUAUACAAAUUAUACGUAUGACUUCAGGGCGAUGAUCGAUUUUGUUUUUUAUGGAACAUCAAAUCUGAGACCAAUAGGAUUCUAUGGUCCUAUACCUGAUCAGUGGUUCCAAGAUAACAUAAUAGUGGGCUGCCCUAAUCGGCACAUCCCAUCGGAUCACUUUCCACUGGUGGUACAUUUCAAGAUGGUAACUUGAAGAGUCAGUCAUCGAUUACGUGGUUGUAAAAGGUACUACAUCUUACUCUUUUUCGUCGGCUGCACACCGGUCCUAAUAAACUGAGUGACAAAUUUAUUCGCCUGGAAUAAAGACGCGGACUAAAAUUUUUUCCAAAGUACCACUACGGGCGUGUUCAGAAACACACUCUGGCAGAUAAAUAUUCAACUCCUGCACGGAGAGAAGAGAAUGGUAAUAAUUACUAUUCUACAUGGUAACUAGUCCUAUUUUUUUAAGCAUAGGAAUCGAUACUAUGUAGUACAGGAAUGAUUACCAUUCUUCUGUUAAUAUUUACUAUGCUACAUAAUAAUCAUGCGACUGGUAAAUAUUACUUUGUAGCAUAGUAAUCAAAGCCAUGCUAGAAUAAUACUGAGUCCCAUGCUGUAUAGCGUGAACAGUUUAAAUAUUAAGCGCUACUAUAAAGUAUAUACGUCCAAUAUAAUCUGUACAUAUAUUAAUCUUAAUUACUACUUAUAUCAAUGAAUAUUAUUUUAAUGAACAUUAUCAAUCAUACGAAACUCAAGUAUUAUUUGAAAAGUAUCAUUGUCUAUUGUAUUCUGAUUUAAAAUGUUAUUCUACCACACGUAUCGUCACUGCUGCAGACGGAAAAAUGUAUAUUCCAAAGCGCUGGAUUUAAUAUUUUCAAUUUAGAUUAUUGUUAACUUUCUCUGCAUUAAUAAUUCAUAAUUCAUAAUUUUACUUACAAUAAAAUAUAAAUUAAGUGUAUUUUCAAUAAAUAAUUUAAUUAUUAUAUUUUUCUAAUAAAACUGACCCAUGUUAAAAUAAGUUAACAUUAACAUUUAUUGUUUUAUUUAAAAAUUUUUUAAAUCAAUA